UGUGCCCCUGAAGACAUGGAGUUUGUGUCUGGAUAUCGUGAUGAAUUCCUUGAUUUCACUGCCCUGCUCUUCGGCUGGUUCCGAAAGUUCGUGGCAGAGCGUGGGGCUAUGGAGACCAGCUUUGAGGGCCACUGGCGACAGUUGGAGGCUCAGAUCAGAAGGCUGCCCCAGGACUCUGCCCUUUGGGUUCUCCAUGUCUUGCCCAAUCGUAGUGUGGGCAUCAGCUUGGGGCAAGGGGCAGAGCCAGGCCCUGGGCCAGGCCUGGGGGCUGGCUGGCUGCUGGGAGAUGAGCCCCCACUCCACCUGCGAGACCUAAGCCCCUACGUCAGCUUUGUCAGUUUGGAGGAAGGGGAGGAAGGGGGGGAGGAAGAGGAGGAAGAGGAGGAAGAUGGAGAAGAGGAGGGUGCAGGCACAGAGAAGGGAGAACCAGAGGAGAAUGGGGAGCCAGCCCGUAUGAGCGGGGAGCCCCCCCAGGAAGCAAAUCCCCCAGGGCAGCCAGAGGAGGCUGAGCAGAAGGAAGGCGGUGGCAAGAAUGGCUGCCAAGAGGACAGGGCAGAAGACGAAACUGGGCCUAAGAGGAGGAAGGGACGGAGAAGUGAGGCUGCCCCCCUGCACCUUUCCUGCCUCUUACUGGUGACUGAUGAACAUGGCACCAUCUUGGGCAUUGACCUGCUAAUGGAUGGAGCCCAGAGGAGUGCAGGCAGGGGCUCAGGGACAGAGAACAUGGCUCCUCGGGCCUAUGCUCUCCUCUGCCACAGCAUGGCCUGCCCCAUGGGCUCUGGCGACCCUCGAAAGCCCCGACAGCUUACUGUGGGAGAUGCCCAGCUGCACCGAGAGCUGGAGAGUCUGGUCCCAAGGCUGGGAGUGAAGUUAGCCAAGACCCCAAUGCGGACCUGGGGUCCCCAGCCAGGCUUCACCUUUGCCUCCCUCCGGGCUCGAACCUGUCAUGUUUGUCACAAGCACAGCUUUGAAGUAAAGCUGACACCCUGCCCCCAGUGUAGCGCUGUCUUGUACUGUGGAGAGGCCUGUCUCCGGGCCGACUGGCGGCGAUGCCCAGAUGAUGUGAGCCACAGAUUUUGGUGCCCGAGGCUUGCAGCCUUCAUGGAGCGGACAGGGGAACUGGCAACUCUGCCUUUUACCUACACUGCAGAGGUGACCAGUGAAACCUUCAACAAGGAGGCCUUCCUGGCCUCACGAGGCCUCACUCGUGGCUACUGGACCCAGAUCAGCAUGCUGAUUCCAGGCGCUGGCACCCCCAGGCACCCCCGGGGCAGCACACCAUCCCUCAGCCUUCUUCUCAAUGGAGACCCCUACCAGCUUCUCCAGGGGGACGGGCCUGCCCUGAUGCCUCCUGUGCCCCCAGAUCCACCCCGGGGCCUCUUUGGCUCGUGGCAGGAUUACUACAUGUGGCGGGGCCUCAGCUUGGACUCUCCUAUGGCUGUGCUUCUCACCUACCCUCUGACUGUGUACUACGUCAUCACCCACCUGGUGCCCCAGUCCUUCCCUGAGCUCAACAUCCAGAACAAACAGUCCCUGAAAAUCCACGUGGUGGAGGCCGGGAAGGAGUUUGACCUUGUCAUGGUGUUUUGGGAGCUCUUGGUCUUGCUCCCCCACGUGGCCCUGGAACUACAGUUUGUGGGUGAUGGCCUGCCCCCUGAGAGUGACCAGCAGCAUUUUACCCUGCAGAGGGAUGGCCCUGAAGUCUCUGUCCGUCCUGGCUCCGGGGUAUCAGCACGGCUCAGCUCUGGAACUAAGGAGAAGGGGGGCCGGAGGGACCUGCAGAUCAAAGUGUCUGCACGGCCCUACCACCUGCUCCAGGGGCCCAAGCCUGACUUGGUUAUUGGGUUUAACUCCGGCUUUGGCCUCAAGGACACUUGGCUGAGCUCGCUGCCCCGGUUACAGUCCCUCCGGGUGCCCGCCUUCUUCACGGAGAGCAGCGAGUACGGCUGCGUGAUGGACGAGCAGACCAUGGCCGUGGCCACCGGCGGGGGNACCGGCGGGGGCACCAGCCCGCCGCAGCCCAACCCCUUCCGCUCCCCGUUUCGCCUCAGAGCGGCCGACAACUGCAUGCCCUGGUGA